AAUAUUUAGACACUAACACCCUGUCACGGCUCCGAGUCCUUUAUUCUAAUUUGUGUUUCAUAUUAUUUUACUUUUUUAAUAAUAUUCCUAUAAUAUUCUAGGUAUAUUGUGUGCUUAUAGGGAUUUGGCAAUAGGACUGUCUUUAUGCCCUUUUUGUAAUUUAUUUUUCAGAAACUAUUAAUAAUGAGAACUUGCCUGAGAAGUCGUAUAAAGAUAAUUGUACUCUUUCUACCUAAAUUGAAACGUUCAGUUUCUAAGAAUGAUGGGUCUUCUUUAAGAUCCACAAAGUUUCUUAACAAUUCUGAACCGCUUGAAAAUGAAGAAGAGACUUCAACUUGUGAACCUUCUCUAGAUUUUUCUGAUGUUAGCGCACUAAAGUCUGACGGCAAUAAUUUGAGACUGAAUAAAAAAACAGAUUUCUUAGACAGAUCUACAUCAACUAGAAGCUCGUUAGAAGAUUCACAACCAUCAAUCAGUUGCAAAAGCUGUGGGUCAAUUGGCAGUAAAUCUCAAAAUCAAGUAAUUCUAAAUUACAUGCAAGAAUUGUCAGCGAAAAUUGAUUGGCAUUGGGAUUUCUCAAAUUUUGCAUGAAUUGUUCCCCGAUAAUGAUCGUCUUGAUCAGCCCGAAGAGUUUCCCUCUUUGCCACUGGAAACCGAAGAAUCUUUUACAGACUUUGAUGGUUACUUAGAUAAUAAAGUAUUGUAUGGUCAUAUGGUGAGUUUUUUAUCACUAUUAAUAAUGCAUGUAUUAUUAUAUAUGUAUUUAUUAACUGUCUAUUUUGACUGGUUUUUUCUGUGUUAUAGCUCAAGUAUCUGUUACGAAAGGGAAAGGGAGAGACAACCUCUCUCUUCACUUACUCUAUUUUGUCAACCUUACUUAGGAAUAAACUGGCGCGACUUAUUAGUUGGAAGGGUUCUAAAGGAAUCAAGCUCUGUUUUGAGAAGUCCAAAAUUAAAAAUAUAGUGGAAGGUGUUUGCUUGAAGAAAUUUCCUAAUGUACAAAUUUCCGUAUUUGAAGACCAUAUGAAACGAUGGUUCAACACUUCCAUGCAACGAUUAGACUAGGUUUCACAGAUGAAUUAGGAUUUUCCGGAACUCUAGUUGUAUUUCGGUUUUAUUGUAUGUGAGUUUCGUGCAACUCUAUAUUGAAAAUUCACUGUAACUCUGUUUUUUAUUUCUAGUUUUUGUUUUGCAAAGUUUGCACAUAUGUGUGCUUUGAGAUUUUCAUUCUUGUUUUGUUUUGUCUUUAAUUUAGAAACAAGUAUAAUAUUAUUUUUAAAAAGUAUAUUUUGAGUAUCAAAUUUAUUUUCUUUGUAUUCUAUGUCUUUGAGAAGACGAUGUUAUAUAUCCUCAGAGUUUAUAUAAUAUCAUAUCAACACAAUUAGUUUAAUGGAGUUUAAGUAUGAUUUUCAAUAUAUUAUUAUUAUUAUAGUU